AUGCUACCAUCAAUACCUUCAAAACAUAUUAUUCUAUUUUUGAGCUUGUUAUUUUUAUUUUACUUCUCAAUUUCUGUUGCUGGCAUCGAAAAUGAAAUACAGUCAAGGGCUGAUGACAUAUGCACCACUACAGAAUAUCAGAACAAGUAUCAAAAUUACAUAGAGACAUUACGUAAAAAAGUCAAAGUUGAAAAGGUUGAGCUUGAGAGACGAGAACAAAUCAAGUUAGAAUUAUCGCGUGUUGAUGCGCUUAAAAAUUUAACUUUUGGAUUAUUAGAUAUCUUUGAUAAAAUAAUCGAUGAACAUGGUAUUGAUGAUUCAUUAUCCCAACCGGAUUUUCAAAAAGUUAUUUUGAAAUUGAUUUCAGCAUUUCAUCAUACUGCCUUAAAGAUGAAUGAUACAGCAUUUUUAGAACAAAUAUGGAAUCAAUAUCAAAAACACAAUAAAAAUGAUACUGUUGGUUUCUUUCAUAAAGUUCAUAGUUCCAAAGAAAAUAUUGCUUCUGAAAUGGUUGACAAUGUACUUCAUGGAGUUAGUGAUUCUGCAGAUAUUUUAGAAGAGAAUAUGCAUAGGCAUAAUUUUGGUGGAAAUUCUAAAUUGCGUGGAUCUCUUGAAACUGUCAUUAAAUUGGAAGAAGAAGAUUAUAUAAGUGAUAAUAAACAUGAUUUGGAUAAUGGGGAGGAACCUCGUCGUCGAGGUCACGUUAAAGUUAUAACAAUUGUGGAUGCGGACAAUAAUGAAUAUGUUUUAACGAGACCAAAUGAUUUAACUAUGUUUUACGAAGAUGCUCGAUUGGUUCAAGAUUUAAUUUUUUUAAUAGUUGCAGCAUUCAUAUUUGGUUGGACUUUUAAUAGUUUUGGAUUACCAGCAUUUUUGGGAUAUAUAAUUGCUGGGGCAAUACUUGGACCCGCUGGAUAUAAUGUGAUUCAGGAACUUAUUCAAACCGAAACACUUUCACAAUUUGGUGUUGUAUUUAUAGUAUUCAUGUUGGGAUUAGAAUUUUCAUUCGACAAAAUAAGAUCUAUUUGGAGAUUUGCCCUUGGAAGUGCUUCAUUGAUAUUCACAGCAACCCUUAGUUUUUUUAUCUUGGCAGGAUUUAUUGUUGGUGCGAGUGUUAAUGAAUCGAUUUUCAUAGGAGCAUGCGUAUCUCUUUCGAGCACUGCCGUUGUUGAACGAUUACAAUGUUCAGAGUUAAAACCACUUUACGGUUUGCUAGUCAUGCAAGAUAUGUUAUUCGGCGUUUUAUUGGCAGCAUUGCCAGCACUGUCAAAAUCAGGAAUCGAUGUUGUUUUGGCCAUAGGACGUUUAAUUUUAUCAUUAGUCAUUUUCACAACUUUUAGUCUCGCUAUUGCAAAUAUACCGAUUGGUUGGCUUUUAAAAGUUGUGAAAGGUUCCGAGAAUCAUGAACUUUUUCUCUUGGGAUCAAUUUCAAUGUGUUUAUUAAUGUCACAAGUAUCACUAAUGUUGGGACUUGGAGUGGAAAUCGGAUGUUUUGUAGCAGGAGUUCUUAUCCAUAAUCGUAAAUCAAUAUUUGAAUCAUCAAAAAACGUUGUUAUACCUGUUCGAGAUAUUUUUUCAUGUUUAUUUUUUGCAUGUAUAGGAUUACAUGUUUAUCCGAGCUUUUUGAUAAACGAAGGACCGUUGCUUUUUACAUUAACAGCAGGAGCGAUAGGAUUUAAAUUCAUAACUAGUACAAUAUCAUUAACUCUACUUGGACAUAGUUUGCAAAAAGCAAGCAAGAUGGCAAUUGGAUUAUCACAAAUUAGUGAAUUCGCUUUUGUAUUAGGCAGUAAAGCAAAAGGGUUUGGUAUUAUAUCAAGAGAAGUUUAUUAUUUAUUAUUAACAACUACUUCAUUAUCAUUAAUGGUUACUCCUAUUUUAUGGAAUAUUUUAUUUCGUAAUAGAAAGGUGGUUUCUAACGUCGAGGGUGGAUUAAAUGUUAGAAAUGUUGACCCUUUAAUAAUUACUAUGUAA